UUGCUCGAGAUGUUUCUUCAAGCUGCGAGGGGGAGCUCGUUGCUGCUGUUGCUGGUGGUUCUAUGGCUGGAGGUGAGCCAUGCUUGGACACCGCGGGAACCAGAGAACGUGUUCUGCUACUCCACUGCUGGCGGGUCUGCGGGGAGAGGCGGAGAGAUAGUUCCUGGUCGCUGUGGGGAGACGUGCAGCGCGAGAGUGGACAAGCAUCAGUGGCUUGGCUGGCUGGGCGUCAUUGUCGCUGUCUUAUUUCUAGGGAGCACUUACGUUGUUGUGAAGCAAUUCGAUUCUGCCGAUGGCAUGUUCUUUCAGUGGGUGUUGUGUAUUGGAAUAUGGAUGGUGGGUCUGGUGGUUAACAUGACUCGAUACCAACCGCCUUUCUUCCUCCCCUCCCUCAUUGCUGGCCUCCUCUGGUCUGUAGGUAAUGUAUUGGUGGUACCGAUAGUGAAGCUGAUAGGAUUAGCUGUGGGAAUGACGCUAUGGAGUAUGGCUACUCUCGUCUCAGGCUGGAUUGCUGGCGUCUUCAUAUUUGAUCAGGAGCUUCGCUGUGCACCUCUCAAUUAUGUCGGAGUUGCAAUCAUUAUCACCAGUGCUCUUAUGCUGAUGUUUGUUCGCAGUGACGGGAAGAACCAACCAAACAGCAGGCUCACUAUUCAGUCAACCAAAUCAGUUCUAGAUAACUCCAUUGACACUCUACUCAGCAAUAGACCAAGAGAAACCAAGGAUUGGGUCGAGAAGCUGGGUGCUUGGCCAAGAAGAGUAUUGGGAGUCUCUGCUGCUAUGCUGGCUGGCUGCAUAUUCGGAGGCCAGUUUAUUCCCAUUGAAUACCUGAAACUCUGCAAUGAUCCGGAGCACUCGUGCGAGGACCUGGACUAUCUAUUUGGUUACUACACUGGGAUUCUAGCAGGGGGUACAGCAUUUCUAGCAGUCUAUUCUGCCUUCAAGAGGAACAGACCGUGGACGAACCCUGGACUCAUCCUGCCUGGGAUCGUGGCAGGCAUCAUGUGGGGCAUAGGCUCAGUUGGAGUGUUUUUGGCUAACAAAUAUCUCUCCCUUGCUAUCAGUAUCCCAUUUAUAACAACAUGCUUGGGGCAUUCUGCUCUUCAAAGAGAUAAAGGGUUGGAAGCACCUAUUGCUAUUUGCAGGAGCUCUAGGAGUAAGCCUGUGUGGACUGAUAAUGGAGGGAGUGUCUCACUGUGCCAUCGGCUGUCGAGUUGGACUCAACACUCAACAAAACAGCUAGCUAACCCUCAUUUCCCAAAACUGUGGAUGUCAAUUGUGUCAAAUGUCUGGUUUUGGCACAGUUCACCACAUGAUGAUUUGCUCGGAGUGUUCCUGGUCAGUGUGACUGGAGGCUCAGCGAGCGGCUGGAGCCACGAGGAAGAAGAAGAAGACUAUUCCCUCCUGUUGCUAGGGAGACGGAGCAACUCCAGCGAGGGCACCAGUUGGAAACCUGGCUCUCCGAGCACCUGGAUCUGCUACAGCACCGCAGGCAGCAUUACUCCAGAUGGAGGUCACGUCAACAUGAGCAGCUGUGGGGACGGGGGGAAGGAGAGUGACGUUUGGGUCGGCUGGGUGGGUGUGGUCAUUGCCGUCGUCUUCUUCGGCAGCAACUUUAUCCCCGUCAAGAAGUUUGAUACUGGAGAUGGUCUGUUCUUCCAGUGGAUGUUGUGUAUUGGGAUCUGGUUGGUGGGUCUGGUGGUAAACAUGAUCCUCCUCAUGCCCCCCUUCUUCAUCCCCUCCCUCCUCGGAGGGUUCCUCUGGACCACUGGGAACCUCAUGGCCGUCUCCAUCAUCAAGAUGAUCGGGCUCACCAUGGGCCUCACCGUGUGGGGCGUCACCAACAUGCUCUCCGGGUGGUUCAUCGGCACGGUCAUUCUGAAGGAAUCCAUGAAAUGUGCUCCCCUCAAUUACAGUGCAGUGGCCAUUGUAGUCAUCAGUGUCAUUGUCCUGGCAUUUGUAAAGAGCUCGGGGAAGAAGACAGACAACUCAAGAAGAGUGGCCGAAACCUCGCCUCUCCUCGCUGAACAGGACUCUCUAGAAGGUUCUCUCAGAGAUAAAGUGGUCCAGAGGGAGAGCGGGAGAGCCAGCAUUCAGAACUCGUACGACAAAUUGACCUUUAGCCCCUCGGCCCGGAAUGGGGGUGUGGGGUCUCAGGAAUGGGACGAGAGAGACGAGGAUUAUUCCUGGACCGACAAACUCGGAGUAUGGCCACGGAGAAUAAUAGGGUUCUCCCUGGCUCUGGUGGCUGGCGUUUUCUUUGGGACUCAGUUUAUUGUCAUAGAAUACAUGAAGCUCUGUACUGACAGGGCUCACAGCUGUAGCGGUAUGCUUGUCUCUCAUCCACACACACACAGGGCUCACAGCUGUAGCGGUAUGCUUGUCUCUCAUCCACACACACACAGGGCUCACAGCUGUAGCGAUAUUAACUACCUGUUUGGUCACUACAGUGGAAUACUGCUGGCCAGUACCUUUUACUUUGUUGUCUACUGUCUGCUAAUGAAGAACAGACCCAGGGUCUACCCCAAAGCCAUUCUCCCUGGUCUCCUCUCUGGGAUCAUGUGGGGCAUCGCCAUGGUGGGCUGGUUCCUGGCCAACCAGCGACUCUCUCUGGCUGUCAGUUUCCCUAUCAUCACCGCGGUAAGUCAGACCACACCCACCCAGCCACUCGUAAUCCCUCCUCUAAUUACCAGGGACCAGGGUUCGUCAGUUCAGCCUGGGGCAUCUUCAUCUUUAGAGAAAUCAAGGGUUGGAGGAAUGUUAUUCUCUAUUUCAUUGCCUUCUGCAUCUCGUUGAGUGGACAGAUCUUAGAUGGCUUAUCGAAAGGAACAGUCGAAUGUCACCCCAAAUAAUGCACACCUUAUAUUAUUGUGCACUGCUGGUUUUAACGUGUGUGAGUGUGUGUACAAGUUCAAUUUGUACUGAAAUUAAUAAAGAUAAAAUGAAAAGCACUGAAGUGCAA